AUGUCGUGUCUGACCAGCAGAUCUACACCGUUGUGGGUUGUGAUGGAUGCUGCAAGACUACUUGUUUAUACACUCAAUAUUGUUGCCAUGUGCCUUCUUCAUACAUUAACACUGAGGGCAGCCCUAUGUGCCUGGCAAAGUCUUCCUCUUUGUGGCUUCCUGCUUUAUAACCCUGAAAUGAUUACUCAAACAGUAGAGGGAUUCACAGUGACUGGAUUAGAGGAACCAAUCUCGGCUCCAGUUGGUACAGUACUUGAGCUCAGCUGUCAGUUGUCUCCACCACAAAAUGCCGAGCACAUGGAGAUUCGCUGGUUCAGGUCCCAUUAUACACAGCCUAUUUACCUAUAUAAGGAUGGCAAAGACAUCUUUGGAGAAAUUACCCCCAAAUAUGUGGAGAGAACAGAACUCUUGAAAGAUGCCAUUGGAGAAGGGAAAGUGACCCUCAGGAUCUUUAAUGUCAAUCCUGAUGAUGAUGGGCAAUAUCACUGCAUCUUCAAAAAUGGCAAGUUCUAUGAAGACCACAUCACAGAAUUCAAGGUUACAGCUGGGACCUCCCAGGUUCAAAUUGUUGUUCAUCCUCCUACUACUAAAGGUGUGAUAGUGGACUGUCAUUCAAGAGGUUGGUUCCCACGGCCUCACUUGCAAUGGAGAGACAGCAGAGGAGAGAUCAUUCCAGCUGCAUCAAAAUCCCAUUCACAGGACAGAGACAAACUGUUCAAUGUGAAGAUAACCCUUCUCCUUAGAGACAACUCCUUCAGGAAUGUCACUUGUUACCUUUGGAACCCUCUAACAGGCCAAAAGGAAAGCACAAGCAUUGUUCUACCAGAUGAAAUGCUUUCUUGGAAUUUUAUUUGGAAGAUGAUUGUGGGUGUAACUAUGACUAUGAUGGCACUCUUCAUCAUAAUGCCCAGUAUUAAACUACAAAUCCUGGAAGUCUAUAAGUAUCUCUUGCUGCUGGAACUGCUGAGAGUUCUCUUUGUAAAAGCCUGUGAUUCCUUUGCAUUAGUACAGAUGAAACUUCCCUACCCUGUACUAAUAGAUACAGAAAAAAUCAGACAGUUAUUUAGCCCUUAA